AUGGACGAGACUUUGGGACCGUCGACGCGACUACGCAUUGUGGCCGCGACUAGCAUGCUUUUGGUGAGUGUCCGAAGCGGAUAAAUCCAACGGUAGAGGGAAAUGAUGGCAAAACUUUGUAAAGUUGAAGAAACGGUACUGAACAUUUGGUGGUCUUGAGCGGUCGGAGCCACAAUUCCCGAGCGUAACUUGCAGACCGCUCUCCUCGGCUUUGUCCUCAACGUCCUGAUAACCAGUUCGCUGUUCGCGAGAUUCAAACUGAAUAGUGGAUUUCUGACGAUUUGUAUGGUGAAAAGCAUCGCCAACAACAUCAUUUGCAUUGGUUUUCUCGUCUGGCCCGUUCCGAUCACCUAUCUGUAGGCGACCAUUUCUCCCUUGAUUGAUUAACGUUGGCCUUCAGAAACUUCUACUACCUGCCACAAUCGUACAACGUGCUCGCCGGACAGAUAAUCGGCUGGUUCGCCUGGGCGUACAGUCUGCCAAUCUCGAACUGUGAAUAAUCGAUCGAACUUGCCGUUUUUCAGGUCCGACUACUCAAAUCCUUUUGGCUGGGAAUCGAUUGGUGGCGGUCUACUUUCCACACGAAUAUCACGCAAAGUACAGGUUUUCACCCAAUCGCGUACGGGUCUCUUUGAAUUUGAAUGGUCCCCGUGAAACGGCGUACUGUCUUUCAGCUCUUCCUCACCAUUGUCUUUGCUGUUUCGUGCCUCGUUUCGGUUCCUGGAUUCUUUGGUUCGUAGCGGAGACUGCAAAGAACUAUUGUAGACUCACAAGUUUUUGAUGUUUCCAGAAGGGUGCAGCUUCAUUUUCAUGCUGGAAACGAUCAGCUGGACCCCCGAUUCGACCGUCUGUUCCUCGAGACUCAGCGCCUUUUUCACCUACUCCGCCUUCUCAAUGUCCUUCAUUUCGAACACUUUCAACGUGAUCGUCUUCUUGAAAUUGGUCACCGAUGCGGUGAGUCUGUUGCCGUAAUUUCAAAACGACCCAUAGAGUGAUUCAGAAAAAGAUCAAAAUCUCGUCGAUGGAGCACUUGAAUCGACGGCGUCGCAAUCGUCGAAUGCUCUUCCAAAGCUGCUGUCAAGACUUUAUAAUCGCGGUGGACACAUUCAACACCACCUACGCGUGGUCCUUCUAUCCGGCCGUUUGGUUCCAGUUCCUCGUCGGCGCCUACUCGAGGAUUCUCGCAAAAGCGUUGGAAGGGUAUGUAUUACUUGUUUUAUGCGGGUAUUUCUCUGCAAUCGCUUGAUUGACCCUUUUCCAGACUAGUAAUGGUGCUGAUAAACGAGUCGAUCCGUGAUGCGAUCCGCUUGAAAAUCUACGGAAGGAAGACGUUGAAACGGAUCAACUCGACGCCCGCCUCGUCGUCGAUGAUGCUCAAGAACCCGAUUGUAUCGAGGCGCAGCUACUAG